AUGGAUUCUGUAACACAAACUUUCCAACAUCGCAUGUCUGUCAAAUUGUGGCCCCCUAGUCAGAGUACCAGGCUAAUGCUUAUAGAGCGGAUGACCAAGAAUUUCAUCACUCCAUCCUUUAUCUCCAGGAAAUAUGGGUUAUUGAGCAAAGAGGAGGCUGAGAAGGAUGCCGAGAAAAUUGAAAUGAUGGCUUUUGCAGCUGCAAACCAGCACUAUGAGAAAGAACCGGAUGGUGAUGGAAGUUCUGCAGUACAGAUCUAUGCUAAAGAAUCUAGUAGGCUUAUGUUGGAGGUUCUCAAAAGGGGGCCCAGAAUACAGGAGGAUGAAGAGGUGACGACAGCUGAUAAAGGUGCUGUUGCUGUCGCCAAUGUGUUUGAUAUAUCCGGUGGCCCGCGGGCUUUUAUUAGUGGAGAGGAGGCUGAGGAACUUUUAGAACCACUCAAGGUGCCAGGAAACUUGUAUACUAGGAUAUGUCUCAGCAAUAGAAGCUUUGGCUUGGAUGCAAUCCAUGUUGCAGAACCCAUCUUGUUGUCAAUAAAGGAUCAAUUGACAGAAGCGGACCUGUCGGACAUUGUUGCUGGAAGACCAGAAUCAGAAGCUCUUGAAGUCAUGAAUAUAUUUUCUUCUGCCCUAGCAGGCUGUAAUUUGAGGUAUCUGAACCUUUCAAACAAUGCCUUAGGCGAAAAAGGUAUCAGGGCUUUUGAGGCACUUCUCAAGACCCAGAAUAAUUUAGAGGAGCUUUAUUUGAUAAACGAUGGUAUCUCAGAAGAAGCUGCACGUGCGGUUUGUGAACUAAUUCCUUCAACUGAGAAGCUCAAGGUUCUUCAUUUUCACAAUAACAUGACUGGAGAUGAAGGUGCAGCUGCUAUUGCUGAGAUGGUGAAACAAUCCCCUGUGUUGGAGGAUUUUCGUUGUUCUUCAACAAGGGUGGGCUCGGAAGGUGGUGUUGCAUUAGCUGAAGCUCUUGGCUCAUGUAGCCAUUUGAAGAAGCUUGAUCUGCGUGAUAACAUGUUUGGUGUGGAAGCUGGAAUUUCUCUGAGUAAAUCUUUGUUUGCAUUUGCAGAUCUUACUGAAGUUUACCUCAAUUAUCUUAAUUUGGAGGAUGAGGGGGCAGAAGCACUUGCCAAUGCUUUAAAAGAUUCUGCACCCUCAUUGGAAGUUCUGGAAAUGGCUGGGAAUGACAUUACAGCCAAAGGUGCUUUAUCUUUGGCUGCAUGUAUUGCUGCAAAACAAUUUCUCACCAAACUAAACCUUGCCGAGAAUGAACUGAAAGAUGAAGGUGCAAUUUUGAUUGCCAAGGCAAUUGAAGUGGGUCACGGCCAGCUAAAUGAAGUUGAUUUGAGCACUAAUGCAAUUAGACGGUCUGGGGCAAGACUCUUGGCACAGGCCGUUGUGGAUAAGCCUGGAUUUAAAUUGUUAAAUAUCAAUGCUAACUACAUAUCCGAUGAAGGGAUUGAUGAGGUGAAGGAUAUAUUUAAGAGUUUGCCUAAUGUGCUUGGAGAUUUGGACGAGAAUGAUCCGGAAGGAGAGGAUCUUGAUGAGGAUGCACAAGAGGACGAUGAUGCUGAUGAUGAAGAUGAAUUGGAAUCAAAACUCAAGGGGCUAGAAAUCAAGCAUGAAGAGUAG